GUGCCCCCGUCCUCAAAGGAUUUUCCCCGGAGUGGCCAGACGGGCUGGGGGACACAGGAUGGCAGAGCUAAUAGGAGUAUCUAACGGGACAUGCGGACGGGCUGAUUUCUUCUAAUAUUUCAAGUGCUGUCUGCGUGCCGGCGUGAAGCCUCACCAUGCCGCUGGUGAAGAGAAACAUCGAGCCGCGCCACCUCUGCCGAGGGGCGCUCCCCGAGGGCAUCGGCAGCGAGCUGGAGUGUGUGAUGAACAACACGCUUUCCGCCAUCAUCCGUCAGCUCAGCAGCCUGAGCAAACAUGCGGAGGACAUAUUUGGCGAGCUGUUUAAUGAGGCCAACACCUUCUACCUGCGUGCCAAUUCUCUCCAGGAUCGCAUUGAUCGGCUGGCUGUCAAGGUCACACAGCUGGACUCCACUGUAGAGGAAGUUUCCUUGCAAGAUAUCAACAUGAGGAAGGCCUUCAAGAGCUCCACCACUCAGGACCAGCAGGUGGUGUCCAAGAGCAGCGUUCCCACUCCGGUCAAAGAGAUGUACAACCUGAGCGACAAGCCUCCACCUCUCAACAUACUAACACCUUACAGGGAUGACCACAAGGAGGCACUUAAGUUCUACACAGACCCCUCCUACUUCUUUGACCUGUGGAAAGAAAAGAUGCUGCAGGACACGGAGGACAAGAGGAAAGAGAAAAGGAAGCAGAAGGAGCAGAGGCGCUGUGUGGAUGGGACACUACAGAGGGAGGUCAAGAAGGUCCGCAAAGCGAGGAACCGUCGGCAGGAGUGGAAUAUGAUGGCUUUGGAUAAGGAGCUGCGGCCAGACCAUCGACACACCAUACACCGGGACAGAGGCGCUUCCUCUGAGGGCUCGAUGUCACCAGAGAACAGGGGACACGGGCUGGAUCAGCACCACUACCCCAACAGUAUGAACCAUGCUGGUCACGCCCACACCUACUCCGGCCCUCCACCCAGCGCCCUAGUUGCCCAGAUGACUGCCGGACACGCACCACGCGGAGGAGGGGAACACGACAACAGAGGCAGGACCAUGAUGGCCUAUCAGGGUGGCACACUGGGCCGCUCUCACCACCACCACGUUCCACUGCCUCCUCCACCCACUGAGGUUAUGAACGGUGGCUCUAUGUCUCUCCCACCAGUGGACUACAGUAUGGACGGCUAUGCCAACACUGGUCCUCCUCCCCCUCCUCCUGCUCCUGUCAUCCCUUCUGCUCAGACGGCCUUUGCCUCACCUCCUGGAGGUCCGAUGCCUCCCGGACCAAUGGCUGGUGCUGUCGGCUAUGCUCCGCCUCCACCACCUGUAUCUGGAGCCCAGGCUGCUCCACCUCCUCCUGGUCCUCCACCUCCUCCACUUCCAGCUGGUGCCUCCCACUCCACAACGCACAAGAUGUCCUCCGCCGCAUCCGCUGAGACCACAGCGGUCAACGACGCCCGCAGCGAUCUGCUGGCUGCGAUACGUAUGGGCAUACAGCUGAAGAAAGUACAGGAGCAGCAGGAGCAGCAGGCAAAGAGAGAGCCGGUUGGAAAUGACGUGGCCACCAUCCUGUCGCGACGCAUCGCUGUGGAAUACUCCGACUCGGAGGAUGACUCCGAGUUGGAGGAGAAUGAUUGGUCAGAUUAACACGAAGACGUAAACAACCACACCAAAAGACACGCAGUCGAUCGCUCUCACGCACACCUGAAAAACGCCCACUUUUCCACGUUCACAGGUCGUCACAGACUUAGUUGCUGGAAACACACACAUUACACCUACACACAGUCACAUGCUGUGGGUUGAUAUAAGCUGAAUGGUCCAAGACUGAAAAUCUGGGGUUGUAUUUGGGACGCAUAAACACUGUAAAGAGACAAGUAAUAUAAUGUAAUGCUGACCACCCUGUGAAACACUAACACUGAGAACUGAUGACUACAUUACAAGCAUUGUGAAUACACCCCAGUGGAUGUUUCUCUACCUGUUAUUACACUAUAGACACCCUGUGAAGGUGCUUAUUUUCAACACAUUCUCAUCCCUGGGCGUCAAAUACAAGCAUCCUGUCAGAUAUCACCGUGUCACACAGAUGCACACAAAUUGGCCUUUGGCAUCCUAUCUGUGGCAAUAUCACAGGCCAAGAGAUACCCGUCCUCUAUUUUGCAGCAUUUUUGCAUUUAUUAAAUCUUAAUAGAAUAGAUGACAAAAAGAUAGACAGAUAGAUAAAAGACGCUGGUGUAAGGCCUCAGCCACGGUACAUGGCACCCACGCACUCCUAACUAAAAUGUGCGCUGUACUUUCUGCAAGUCUGCUAGCGUCUGAGUGAUGUCAGUUGUCACUUUUAAAAGAAGAUCGAUGGAGACUCCCAGCUGUUAACCUCUGUUGGGGUUGUCACCGUGGAGGUGGUGCUGAGGGUAUUUAACCUACUUUUAAUCAUGCAAGUUACUUUAGACAAGGUGUGAAAAAGCAUGUGGGUCAUUACCACGUGGGCUGAAGUCUGUGCCUUAGGCGGCAGAUGUCAAAGAAAUAUAACAGGAAUGUUUACCCUGCUGUCGUGUCCGUAUCUGCAGACGAGUGUAAUGGAGGCUUAGGCGUUUUAUACUUGAGCGGGGGCAGCGCGAAAGCAGUCCGGACUGCCCGUCUGCCUGCGGAGAGUGUUUGUUGUCAGAUGGAGGCAGUGUACAGAAAUAUGCGGUACAACCGGUCUGUGGGUCACACACAUACAUAUAACUUCUAACAGACAAAGAGCUAAAGAGGAACCAAUUGUCAAAAACAAUGAGCCCCAGCGUAUGUUUUGUGCUCUUGAAGUUUUGAUCUUUAAUGUUAAUUUCAUGCUUUUCUUGUUCCCAAUGAACUCCGCUGUCACUCACCUCCCUAUUCCAGCCCACUCGUCAAACCUUGUCAUUAGCAUUUGACCUACGCGUGCGUCCAGCAGCGUGCAGUUUGGGAUUUCGGAGGAUUGGACAGGAGCACGUUUUUUAGUACGGUGUUCAAACAGAAACACAUAUGCAGACAGACGCAUUUGCAGGACCAUAAAUUAUGCUUUAAGCUCUGGUCACACCUAUAACAGUCGUCUCUAAAACCCUCAUUAGGGAGAUGGAUGGGUGGCUUUGUGUUCUGUGAUUCUUUCACGUUUCAAUUGAGGUGCUAAAAAGCACUCGAUUAUGUCGAGAUACAGGCCUUCUCAACAUGAAUCCUGCAUUUUGAAAAAUGCUGAUUACGCCGUGUGUUUAAAUGUGCUGCCAAGUGGUCUUUUAUUAGCACCAUGAGAUAGAUCCUCCGUCGCAACACACAUGCCACCUUGUGCGUGCCUGUGAGGCGCCCAGCGGCUCAGACAAACAGGAGUGUUUAACGUCCAUUACGGCAAAGCUGGGAUGGUCAAG